GCCACACACAGCGACAGGAGACACGGACCGAGCAGAGAGCAGGCAGACGCACAAUACAAGAGGAGAAGAAGCACCUAUAUAUACAUCCAGCGCUGCGAUCUAGAUUGUUGUUUUUUUGUUGUUUUUUUUUACCCACUCUCGUUUUGGCUUAUAGAUGCACUUUUCAACCUCUCUUCCUAGUUUGGCAGGACAAGCGAAAAAAAUGCUUCUUUUGUUUUGAGCGAUCUGAACGCACACACUGACAGAGACACACAGAGACGCGGUGGCUCUGCUCCCCUCGGGCGGCUUGUCUGUGCGUCUUUUCUCGCAUCUUUGCAUUAAAUCCCCCCUGCCUCCCUCCACAUAUCGCCUCGCAGUGAUGUGCGGUAACACGGUGGCGGGCUGGUAGCAUCUUGGGAGCCUUGUCUCAACGGGAACCCGUGCUGAAGAAGACACAUCAGGAUGGUUACUCAUUGUUCCUAACCAGCUUCAGCUCGACAAAGGCCCGUGCACCUUCACGCUCCCCCCCUGAACACUGACAAGCACUCCCCAGCCAUGUCUAACAUAAACAAUGCGCUUUGCAUUGAAAAUGGACAAAAUGCAGACGUGUCGCUCCUGCAGAAGGAUAAUCUCCAGGAUGGUGGAUUAAGUCAGCUCUUGGAUUAUAACGCAGAAAUGGAAAGGUACAGGUCUUUUGCGAACUUUUACAAAACGAACGGUGCGUUUCCGCAGACUGCAAAAAUUGCCCGAAUCACGACGCCCAUUUUUCCCAGCGCCAGAAUUGGUAUGUCCCCUUGGAACUGUGAUAACGCCAUGCUCUGGGGAAGGAAAUCAGCGGCAAUAAACCCUAAUAGGACCAGCAUGCAUAGAAAUGACUCCCAGAGGCCGGGGAAGCCUGGCGUGCCGCCAGAGACGCUGCAAAUGGCAAAUAAUAAUUUCCUCUCUACCUUAUCCCCCGAACACUGCAGACCUUUAGCAGGAGAAUGCAUGAACAAGCUGAAAUGCGGCGCUGCUGAAGCAGAGAUAAUGAAUCUCCCAGAACGCGUUGGAACUUUUUCCGCUAUUCCGGCUUUAGGGGGCAUCUCAUUACCUCCCGGGGUCAUCGUCAUGACAGCCCUUCACUCCCCCGCAGCCUCAGCAGCCGUUACAGACAGUGCGUUUCAAAUUGCCAAUCUGGCAGACUGCCCACAGAAUAAUUCCUCAGCAUCCAGUGGAAACCCAGCGAAGAAGAAAAGGAAAAGGUGUGGGGUGUGUGCACCCUGCAGGCGGCUAAUCAACUGUGGUGUUUGCAGCAGUUGUCGGAACCGCAAAACAGGCCACCAGAUCUGCAAAUUUAGGAAAUGCGAGGAGUUGAAGAAGAAGCCUGGCUCGUCGCUGGAGAGGACGCCGGUAAACAACGGGGAGGCUUUUCGAUGGUUCUUUUAGAAAAAUGAGAAGUGGACCUCCAUCCUGCAGCAGGAAGACAGGCAGGACUCUUGACUGUCUGCCAGGAGAAUUUCAUGGACACACAGCACGUAGCGCGGCCCAAACAUUUUUGAAGAGGACGCAAGGAGAAAAAGUGGACAGACACAAAGAUAAACAAAAACAUAAUGGUGUUGUUUUAACUCUGUAAUUUCUUUUUUUCCUGUGUAAUUAUUGUACCUUUUGACAGUAUCAUUAUGUAUAUUUUUGGUGUCUAUGAAUGUGUUUUCAGUGUCGUGGCUGUAGGUUUUACAGCUAGCCCUGUGUAAAGAACUCAAACAGACAAUCAUACAAAUACACUGAAUCUGACAAAACAAAGAGGCCACAAGAAUCAAUUAUCAAACAAAUACCUGUCACUCUGGAGCAAUAACUGAGCCUGUUGACCAUUCCUCAUAUUCACAUUUCAGAAACAUUCAUUCGCCAAACUGAGUCAUAUUCUAGGAUUGUCUUUUAACUCUGUUUACACUCUAAAAACUGCUGGGUUAAAAAAAACAACAACACUAAAUUCAGGUUAUUUUGCUAACACAGUCUUGGGUUAAACACUGGGUGAUCUAAACUUUGGUUGAUUUAACAAAAUAGGGUGUCUGCAGUGUCGAGACACUGGGGUAGGUUUUUAACUGAAAAUAUUGGUUAAAAUGACAAAUGUUUUAACAAUAACAAAGAGAGGGUUGAAAUGAUAAAUUAUUAUCUGGAUAUACAUCCUUCAUUAAAAAUGAUCAGAUGAGGAGUAUCAAUCUUGUGGAAAAAAAUAUUUGGCAAAUUUUAUUUACAUUUUAAGGAAUGUCAAAUUUUUUUAUACCAAUAAUUAUUGGGGAAACAAACUAACUACUUAGCAACGAACAGGCUAAAUGUGUGCCAAGUAAAAAAUCUGAUCUAUAUGGGACACUUUUCUCCUUAGCACAUCAUUGCUUAAAGCUAAAAGAUUUAACUAAACAGUAGAGUAUUAUAUAUGAAAUAAACACGUUAAAACAAGAUAAAUAAUAAAAGUAGUUAACCUAUUUAAUUUUACUUUUUGACCAACUGAUUGGCCAAAGUGUAGUCUUAGCAGCUAAAGGGCUAGCGUAACAUUUAGUUAGCAAGCAUCUCCAGUGUUAAUCAUUGACACAAAGCAUUGACAUCAACAGCAUUAUCACAGCUAUCAGGUUGUCAUGGUAUGUUAACCUUAGUUUAACAAUGAUAUUGCCUCCCUGUUUACAUGUAUUUACACAAAAUAAAAAUGAAAAGAAAGACAUUGUUAGGAUCAAUGUCAAUACAGCAAUACUAAUGACCGAUGACCUUUUAAUUUCCAGCUCAGUUUAAUUUAUCCUUAGCUGAAAUCUUUCCAAACAACUAAAUUUGUCUUACUUCAAACCAAAUCAAAAGCGUAGUAGCCUUCUGACCAGCAGUGCCCAGCAGCAUUUGGGGGAGAAACAGCACUGCGUUACAAUACAAUCAGUGACAAAAGGUCUGAUCACUCUGGCACUUUCUUUGGCAAAUUAUAAUGUUCUAGAAAUUACACACUGGGAGGUUUCUAGACAAUUAUUAUCAUUUUUUUUAUACACUCCUUAUAUGUUCAUAUCUAAUCUCUUUGCCAGCCUAUGAAACUUUGGUCAUGAUUUCUGAUUUUCGAAAAACCAUUCAACUUCUGUUUCAACAAUUGAUUUAAGAAAUAACCCAGCAGUUUUUGUGUGUGUGUGUGUAAUGUUAAAACCAUUUAUACCAGUGUGAAGGCGGCAGCAGUUAUGGGAACUGACUGAGCUUGUGUGGACACACUCCAGAACAGGGCACAUUGUCCUGCAUUAGUGAGCUGCACUUCAAAUUGUUAGCAUCAGCACCUGGGCGGCACGGGAGGUGAUAUUCCCCUAGAUAAUUCAACCUUUUAUUUCUCACAAAACUACAUCAGUUGUUAUAUCUUUUUGGUACCGUUUUGUUUGGGGUCACUGAAGGUUAAUAUGAAAGCUGGAAGAAAUCCCAGUGAAGUACCGUAAACUACGGUGGAAAAUCUGGAAUUAAAUGUGGAACGGUAGACAGAUUUGCUCUGAUGCUAAAGUAUGUUCUGGACUUUUCUUAAGUGGAGUAAAACAGCAGUCCAGUCUACUGCAAAGCGGCAUUAAAACAUUCCAAAAAACAAAGUUAUUCAAUAAGUUACUCAUUGUCUUAAACCCUAUUGUUGCAUGUGUAAAUGUGUUUUUUGGUUUUAAAGAUUACUAAGAAUUUGUAUAUUGUUGU